UGGUCGGUUCCAGAGAGGGUUGAGUUUUUUUCAGUUUGUGGAAGACUGGGGCGGCCUGGAGGACGAUCCUGCUGUGUAUUUACAGAGGGUGUGUGUGUGUGUGUCUUAUCUGUGGGGCUUUUUGUGUCUUUGACGUUGUUGAAUUAAUUGUGUGUACUCUCACAACAACAGAUGCAAAGGAGAUACACAAGCUCACCUGGGUGUAAACGGUCAUUUACCUGAACAAAUGCAGGUACGUGACCCAGCUGUCCACACAACCUGACACUCAUCCUGCCUCCUGGACCUGAAGAGGAGUGAAAGUACAAGUAUGGGGUUUUUAAAGGGAUGAAUGAAUGCAGUGAAUAAGGUGGAACAAUGAGUGAAGGACUCAUAAGUGAUGACCAGUCCAGAGGACUUCAGUCAUCCUCUGGAGCCUCCACUGAGGACCAGUGUGCAGACACUCCAUACCAACCAAAGUUCAGCUCAGGCCCUGCAUUCCUCAAUCUGUCUCGCUGUUCCGCCUGCUACCGGCGGACGAAUCAGUGGGUGGACCAUGGCGAGUCUAGCUCUUCAGCCGAAGACUCUGGACCCGAGGAGGACUUGGAGUCAGAGGCAGAGUCUAGCUCCAGCAGCAGCUGCUCUCCGAAGGCUUUAUCAGAAAUACUUGAGGAGCCUGAAUCAGAGAAGUCCUUUCCGGGCGCUGGAGAUGCUGCUGAACCUGAAUCUGGAGAAAGAGAUGGUGACGGACCAGAGGAGAAGGGAGAGACAUUGGAGAGCGAGGAAGAUAAGAGCAGGACAAAGGGGAUGACUCGAAGAGCCCCACUUGUCAAGUCUUUCUCCCUUCCCGCCACCCUUACUCCUCACCUCAUCCCUCUGUCCCUCCUGCCCCGCCCUCAUAGAGUUGUCUCCACCCUAAACCUAGAAGUGUUAUCCCAGAAUGAUGAUGAGGCCUUCUACAUCAUCAAACAACAUCUGUCUGAGGGAGAGGAGAAGAAAAAGGAGAUAAAUACUAGAGGAGGAAACAAUCUGAUGCCUCCACAGAUUGGAUUACCGUGGCAACAUAGGUCACUCCCAACAUUACAGCAACACCAGCUGUCAUACCAGUACCAACAACAACCACACCAGCAGUCAUACCAGUACCAACAACAACCACACCAGCUAUUGCAUCAACACCAACACCAACAACAACCACACCAGCAAUCAUACCAGUACCAACAACAACCACACCAGCAGUCAUACCAGUACCAACAACAACCACACCAGCAGUCAUACCAGUACCAACAACAACCACACCAGCUACAACAACCUCAACGCUUUCCCCCUCUCUCAGCUCAGGAUCAAAGGUUACCACCACCCCUACACACACUUCCUGUGUUACACCCCUCAGCACACCACGCACCCCUGCAGGUCCCAAUUUCACCCCAGACACAUCUGCAUGCACUCACUCCACAAACAUGCUGGUACUGUUACAGUAUGAACUUUCCCUACUCUCCAUAAUUAAGCUGUUACAGUGGUGAACAGAUACCCAGAUAAUAAGAUUUACACAGCUCCAGUGUUUUAUGUUUAUGUUUUAUGUUAGCCUUUAAGUAUGUGAAAGAUACAAUAAAAAGAUCUAAAAAUGA